GUGGGGACAGCGCAGAGUCCGGGAUCCUGGCCGGCACUUGGGGGCCGAGGGGCACUCUGAAGCUGCCAGACAUGAUGUUUUGGAGUCUCCUUUCCCUCCUUCUCUUUGCCGCGGCCGGCGGGACCCCUAUUGGGGACCAGGAGGAGGAUAUCCAAGUGCAGGAGAACUUUGAUGCUGAGCGGAUGUAUGGGAAGUGGUAUGACAUUGCUAUCGCUACGACCUGCAAAUGGAUGAAGAACUAUAAGGAAAAAUUCAAUAUGGGCACACUGGUGCUGGGCCCUGGUCUGAGUGACGAUCAGAUCAGUACCAUCAGCACCAGGCUCCGGCAAGAUGACUGCACCCAUGUUUCAGGAGAAUACCAGAAAACCAGCACUCCUGGCAGAUACACCUACUAUAACCCCAAAUGGGAUGUGUCUAUCAAGUCCUACGUGCUUCGCACCAACUACGAAGAAUACGCUGUCAUUCUGAUGAAGAAGAAAAGUAGCUUUGGUCCAACCACUACGCUGAAGCUGUAUGGGAGGAGCCCAGAGCUGAGGGACGACCUAAUUGAAGCUUUCCAGCAGCUGGCUCUGGAGAUGGGCAUCCCCGAGGACUCCAUCUUCAUCCUGGCUAACAAAGGUGAAUGCAUCCCCCAGGAGACCGCAACUGCACCCGAGAGGGUGCGGAGAGCAGUCCUGCCCCCCGAGGAGGGCUCAGCUGCAGGCUCCUUGCCCCUUUACGUCGGCAAUAAGGAAGAUUCCUGCAGGCUGAACAGAGACCCUGGUCCUUGCAGCGGGAUGCUCACCCGCUUCUUCUACAACUCCUCCUCCAUGGCCUGUGAAACCUUCCUCUACGGCGGCUGCCUGGGCAACGGCAACAACUUCUACUCGGAGAAGGAGUGCCUGCAGGCCUGCAGGACGGAGGCUGCCUGCAGGCUGCCCGUUGUCCAGGGUCCCUGCCAGAAGCCGGUGAUACGCUGGGCCUUCGAUGCAGCCCAGGGCAAGUGCAUCACUUUUAACUACGGAGGCUGCAAGGGCAACGGGAACCAGUUCUACUCGGAGAAGGAGUGCAAGGAGUACUGCGGGGCUCCCCCGCUGGGAGAGGACGAGGAGUUUCUGAAUUUGUCAAACUGAUGCGGGGCGGAGGACGAGCUGCCUGCACCGAGCACGGCAGCCCGGACCGCACAGGAAGGCGCUGGGAGCAGCCCCGGCGCGUCGCCUGCACAGCCACGGCCGUGGCCACGCAGUAAAUGUCUCUAACGUGACUAAA